AUGGCGAGCUUUUCACUCCGUCUACUGACUAUAUUCUUAUUCGCUGCACUCGUGCUGAACAUUUCCAAUUAUUAUUUUAUAAAAAGGUAUAACCCUCGCCCGGAUUUAUUCCGAUAUGUCUACACCAAGUUUCCAAAGAAUGCUAGUGGAAUUGUAGUCCGUCGUUCCAUCAAUACAAGGCGCUGGUCUCCGCAAUUGGAAUGCGAUGAUAUGGCCUCCACUCCAAAAACGCAAAGCCUUAAAGUUUAUGACACAGAAAAGUCAGAUGCGAGUUCGAGUGCAGCCCCUAGCUCUGUUUAUUCUAUGAUGUUCGAAAAAACUUCACAAACCGCUUCUGAAGCAGUUCUGCAGAACUGUCCAGAAAUGCCUCCUGAUCUUGGUCCUGAGCUAGGUCGAUCGCUUGAUGUUAAACGCUUUAUUGAAGACAGAAUUAAUGAUGUGCGACCAGGCGGUAUCUAUCAGCCGGAAAACUGCAAGUCUUUGCAAAGUGUGGCUGUGAUUAUACCUUACAGAGGCUGCAAAGGUUACCUCAAUGUAUUUAUGAAUGUUUUACAUCCGUUUCUAAUAAAACAACAACUGGAUUACCGAAUUUUUGUGAUUGAACAAAGUAACAAAACCCAGCCGUUUAACAGAGGGAAACUUAUAAACGUUGGUUUCGUUGAAGCAAUCCGGUAUAGAAAAGAUGGGUACCAAUGCAUCAUCCUUCAUGACCCAUACAUUAUACCCACGGAUACUAGAAACCUCUACAGAUGCAGCUGGUAUCCCAGACAGCUUGCUACCUACGUUGAAAGACCUCAGAAACCUCCGUAUAUGCCAGUACUUGGAGGCGCAGUUGCAAUAACUCCACAACAAUUUAUUAAGUUAAAUGGAUUUUCGAAUAACUACUGGGGUAAUGAUGCAGACUAUUACGAUUUGCACUACAGGAUAAACACUUCGAACUAUCACGUCGAAAAUAGUGUGCCGUUGUUUGGUAAAUACAAGACUUUACGAAAAGGUUUAGCUUUGUGGCAAAAGUCUUCAGUUCUGGCACGGACGCUAUCAGAAUACUUACUAGAUGGACUAACAUCUUUGAAAUAUACCGUAGACAGUGUGGAACUCAAACGGUUAUUUACAUAUUUCCAAGUAAACAUCGAUGCUGGAGCUCACAGUAUUACAGACAAGAUGACCAAAGAAUACGAUAAACGCUUGAAUCUAAGCACCAUGAAAGUAUCAUCGAUGAAGUAG